CGCGUUUAGAGUCGCGACUGUGAGAAAACAUUUCAAAGUCCGCUCAUUCGCCCCUUUGACGCGUUCCACCAACAUCCUCGCGCGACGACGCCGCCGUUGCCGCGCUCAAAACAAUCUACCUCGAGAGACAUACCACCUCUGCGGCAGCGUGCAUGACCCCCAGCACCACGACAUUGACGACGACGACGACGCUGCAGCGGCACAUGCUCCCAUCCUCCACGUCCAAGCGCAAGGCUGCUCCUUCGUCCGAACAGAACCCUUUUGACUCUGUGGCGAAGAAACCGAAAAAAGAGCCGAACGGCGCGCCGGUGAAACGGAAAUGUGCGUGUUGAUAUUGUUUGGAUGGUAGGUCUAGCAUGGGUUGUGGCCUGGUAUACGGGUUUGGCAAUCGGUUGAGGUGAAUAAGUGUCGGGGUCCGAAUGAGUUGCGGGAUAUUUGCAUGGUGUGUCAGGCUAUGUUUCCACUGGAUUCAACUCUGGCGUUACGAACGCUCGCAGACCUCUCGGUUCCCACCAGUCGAAGCAUACCAACCGACUCAUGCUAGACCUAACUGUCGACUUUCUCGACCUCCGAAUAUGCUGAUCUCCUUCGUGCAGUACCAAAUGGCGAGGAACAGCCAGGAGGACUGGUCAUCGUUCGCGCUCCGCCCUCACGACCCCCUUCAUCUCAAAGCACGAAACCACCACCAUCCUCGAAACCACACGCGUCUACCUCACGUGCCGACUCUAGUACCUCAUCUAACGCCGCUCCUCAACCUCAACCCGUCCCAUCGACAUCGAAACACCCGCCAGCGCCACCACAUCCUCAUCCCUCGAAACGAUUCAAAUCAUCGACACCGAACCCGACUCGUCCCCCAGGAACAACAGCCGCCACCGGUAAGACCAGAGAACGCGACAUUCACACGACCUCUCGUCCGGACACGGAAGUCGACGAUGAUGUUCGGCGGAUGGAGUCAGAGACGGAUGAUCUCAGGCGACAGUCUCAGUCGCGGAAGUCUACGAUGAGGGUGGAGAUGGAGUAUACUCAGCCGUUGCAGCCGAGAGAGACACCGCAGAUUGACCGGAAUAGGGCGAUGAGGGAUGGGACGCUGAAGGAUCAUGGGACACCGGGGACACCGGGGCAAAGGAGACGAAGUUCGUUGAGUGGGAGGGGAAAGAGAGCGAGCACGUCGUUUGAGAACAACGGUGUCAUCAGUAAACCGCACUCGUCGGUGGACCAUACGAGUUUCUACAAACACAUUGACGCGGACGUACCGGACUCGGAUCGGGCGCGACAGUUGCUCAUCUGGAGCGCAUCUCGGGUGGCAGAUCAUCCUUCAAUACCGCACUCCGCGAAGCGAUCCGGCAAGGACCCACCACCUCCAGUGCUGCCGAAAUUGUCGGAUGCCGCUUUGCAGGCGAAGAAGAUCAUACAGGAGAACUUCAUCAGACAGCUUGCGGAGAGGGAGAUCAACACGAAUGUGUAUUCUCCACCGGGUGCGCCUGCGUGGGAUACAGUGGGAGAGAAUGAGCAGAACGUGAAGAACAAGGCGCGAGAGAUCAAGUUCACGGCGGAUAUCAAUCGAGAUAAAGCCGAAGAUGCAGCUUGGGAGGAAGUCACGCGAUUCUACAACUCGCAUCAAGCUACCGUUCUGGCAGACAUCGAGAAAUCCGUCCAGGCACGCAAAGCUGCAGCCGCCGCCUCUGCCAAAGCGAAGGGGAAACAACGCGCCGAUGAUCCUCGCGUUAAGAACUUCGCGUACGACCCGGACGAUCCACGGUUUCAGCCUCGAGAAGCGGAGCUGCCGUCGAGUUUUAAGGGGAUCGAACUUGCGCGGACGGUUUUGGCCUCUACGACGGCUGAGGACCCAUUGAAGGCUAAGAUGGAGAGGGUGUCGCUGUUUGCUGAUCGACAACACGCACUCAUGAACACCUCGCUCCGGACCGACGCCGUAGCAUGCACAGAUCUCGACCGUCGCUUUGCUCUCCUCUCCCUUACAUUACACGCUCGCACAGACCCACAAUCGCAGCCGCAUCCACAGACCUCACACCUCCCGCACCAGCCCAUCCUCUCCUCACUCAUGCCUUCAACAUCUUCCACGUUAUCUUCGUCCUCACGAGCGCCAAAGAAGAUGGACCAGAGAGAGAUAUUCAAAGCGUUGUCGAGGGUGGAUAUGAGCCGACCGCCACAACAGAUUGGAGAUGCGGCGAGGAGAGCGGCGAAGGAGGCGCAGAGGGCGAGGGCUAGUGCGAUUGGGGUUGGGGGUGGUGGGGGCGGUGGUAACGGAAUGGGUGGGGACGGGAGGGAGAGCGCACAGGAGAGGAGGUUGACGGGCGUGGCGCCUGCUACGCCUAGGAAGGUGCCGGGCACGCCGAGUAGGAAACGAUGAGAUAGGACGGGGGAUGAUACUCUUGUGGUGGUGUUUGGGUAUAUAGCGAGUUGAAUGAAGGGCUCGAAGCCCUUGUUGAUAUCUGCGCUGCUCGCAUUUUCGGCUCUGCGUGUUCUUUUUUCCCCUCUGAUUUUCCUCGUUCCCUCGCUUCUUUCGUUCAUGGUAUCAUACUAUAAUUGCUUCUCCCACACAUACGUACGUUCAUACAUACCCUGCUCUCGCUAUGCGUUAUCUCACGGUUUGUCUGCCAUGUCGAUGUCGAUGUCCCAUCUUCUACAGCUAUCAUCUGUUCUCUUCUUCCUGGUCUUCCGUUUCCGUGAUCUUCGAUGUCCAACUACUUUCUUGAUUCGAUUUGUAAGUGAUAGAAUGAAUACUGGAUGAAUCGUG